AUGUCCUACCUUCACUUAAGUUUCUACUCAGCAUUCGCCCUAAGCAGCCUAGGACUAGCCUUCCACCGCACUCACCUAAUCUCCGCCCUAUUAUGCCUAGAGUGCAUAAUACUAUCAAUGUAUGUUGCCCUAGCCAUAUGACCAAUCCAAAUACAAUCAACAUCCUCCACCCUACUGCCAAUCCUCAUACUAACAUUUUCCGCCUGCGAAGCAGGCACAGGCCUAGCCCUGCUAGUAGCCUCUACCCGAACACACGGCUCCGACCACCUACACAACUUCAACCUCCUACAAUGCUAA